AACAUGCAAACUCCACACAGACUGAGUGAAAAUCGAACCCAUGUCCUCUCGCACCACCCAUAAGCUCUGAGACAGCGCUGUGCUGCCCGUAUUGUCUUGCGUUUCCACAUUCUGUUGUUGUUCCUCCACGUAAAUGCAAAACCCGUGACGUGUGAUAUGCCGGCAGCACGGCAUUGUUUACCUGCCACAGGUAACUCCAGCGGUGCCAUGCGUGGAGAUGCGUCAUGCCGUGCGAGAACAGCCCAUACAGGCCUCGUUUAUAACGUCGCCUUUUGUACUUACAUGAGAAGUCGUAUCCCAGUCAAAAUUUAAAUUUGUAGCCUGUUAGAUGAGAUGAUCUGCAGCCGCUGUACCUGCUCCACCCCCCCACCCCGACCCCCGUCAAUCACACUUUUACUGCCUUCAAUCUGACAUUUCUAUCUAUUAAAGAAAUGAACACCUUUUGCCACAUAAAUUAUAUUAUCCUGAUUUUUUUUUUUUUAUCAAAAAAUAAAAGAUGGAUAGUUUCACCUCCCAGCCUAUUUUGCCCAGCUGGCUUCUCUCUGUCUUUCACACAUUAUGAAACACAAUAAAGCUGGUUUAUGUCACCUGUCAUAGUCUCUCUAAAGUUAUAUUACCUUCAUUUGUUUCUCCCUGUCUUCCCCACACUCGUUUUUUUGCAUACACUUAAGCGCACAGAAGAAAGCUCUUAUGUGUUUUAACGUCACAGCUACUGGGUUCUUCCAGUUAAAUCUUUUUUUAAUCUCCGCAAGUAGAAAAAAUUCCUCGGGAGAUGUCAUAUUUUCUUAUUUACUAUAAUAUUUCAGAAGGCAUAAAUGCACAGGUUUAUGAGUAAUUUAAUGGUUAUUUGAUAGGUAGUUUAAUAGUGUUUCAUUUUGGAGGUUGAAAACACAACUUUACAGUCUCACUGAAAAGACUUGUGUUCACAAUGUGUUUACCGGUUACCUAGUUACCUUGGAUGCAUUAUUGAUGCUGAUAAAAGGGAAACAAAGAAUUUGUGUAAAUAUCACAAGGAAAGGCUUCACUGUAAAGCAAAACAUGACUAGGGGUGUCCAAAUCUGGCCUGGGCAUAUCUGGGCUGGUUGUAAAACUAUUGUGUACACCUGGUGAGGAUAAAUUAUGUUUAUCCUCAUGCAGGAACUGCUCAUUUCAAACACCACGGUUGAUACGAGCGCAUUCACUACACUGUAGAACCCCGGCACUUUGUGCUAGCGUUGUGUUUAUUCUAUCGCUUUUACAUCAGUCCAAGUGGAAACCAGGCUGAGAACACAGUUCAGAGGUCCGGGGGGGUGCAUGUGUGCGCCCGUGUACGUGAAACGCUCAGCAUCACUGGCCGCUCUGUUGUAUGGAGCUGCAGCGAGAAGGGCGGCUAAGGAACUGCCCACCUCCCCAGGAGGUUUCGGGGUGAAGACACUGCAGCCGGACACUUAACCGGCUCACUACAUUUAUGAGGCUGCAUACAUUUCUGAGGACUAAAGUCUCUUCUGAGACACCUGUCUGGAUUAUUAUAUUGCAUAUUUCCUUCUUUCCUUCUGCCCCAUAAUGGCAGAGCCGUCACUAAAUAUGGUUCAGAAACAAUGCAAUAAACUGGUUUGAAACCCAGGACUGCUUUCAUGUUCGAUUACACGAUCCAAGCAAUUUCUGGAUCUGGUUUCCAACCAAUCGCUGUGGCUACUGGCACCAGAUGUGGCCAGAUGCUCCUGGGCAGCAGUUUUGGCAUUAAUAUACAAUGUAAAAUGGGACUUGAUGGGAGUUACUUUUGCUUUGUGUCCUUGUUACAUUGUGUUUUAUAUGCUGAAAAGGGAACAAAGGCAUAGCAUUCAGGGCCUUAUAUCUGAUACGGAAAAAGAGCUCCGAUCGUCAUUUGUGGGAGUCCGCGGACCUGGCUGCGCCCCCACCCCCGAGCGUCCAGGAAGCACCCAGCACUGGCUCACAGUACGACACCGCUCCGCCGCUGUGGACCCGUACUCUGACCUCCCGUGACCUCGGCCCAUUAUUCGCGCCGAGUGACAUCAGCAGGAUCCCGAACGGCCGUCUAAAAAGACAAGUGCAAGGUUUGCCUUUCCAGUGUUUCCGAGCGCGUCCCGUUGUUGGAGCGCACGGCCGCUGAGUCACAGGGGGGCCGGCGGCCUUACAAGCGCAGUUCAAACAGCUCAGCGGAGGGCAAAUGUCACAUUCUAACAAAUCAGCAUUCAUUGUACAGGUGGCACUAACAGGGAGGUUUUCAAAAUAACAUUUUUCAGUAUUAUUACAUGAAUAAUGACAAAUUAACAGCACCGGAAAAAGCAACAUACUUGCAAACACGCACGCGCUAAUGCGUUCUAGACUAUAUCACUAAUUAAAUCACAACUUCUGCUCAAUCCCUUUUGACUGCAAAAAAAUGGAGAUAGAUAUAACAACAAUAUGACAGAUAUUGUCAUUGAUGGCAUUAUCAUUCCUUUUUCAAACAAAUCUCUCAACGUGGUUUAAUAAUAUUACGCAUUCCAGUGGCGUUGUUGGGAUGCUUAUAACAGCCAGGUAACUGAAAUAUGUUGUGAAUGAAUAAACAUAUUAUUACUGAAAUAAUUUUGAAUCAGUCCAGAAAAAAAGACAUUCACUUCAGCACCCGUCUUUGUGCAAACGUAUACGCCUAACGGAACCCUUGCCACAGAUUCCAAGAGCUGUAAAAGCUCAGUGUUUUAUAACGCCAAAUGCGUAAGUGUAAAUAAGGAGGUUAAGUUUAAUUAAAAACAUAUUUAGAGCGAAGGCCGCCUCAGCUCUGCGUUACGGAGAAGGCUCGUACAGUGGAGCCACUGCGCAUGCGCAAGCGCACACCACUCAGCGCUACGCUUUCUCGCUGGGCUACGGCAAGGGGCACUGACCCAUCCUAAAACUAUAUCAUGGACCUGCGCAGCGCAUGCAAAAUCCUGGUGCUCCACAAUUCGGCUGUCAUCCAAAACUCUCGGGUUCUAUUAACAAAUAAUUAGAAACAUGGCACACCUUUGCUAACCGAAUUUCCCUCGGUGCGAUCCCCUAGGCAAAGCCCGACGAAUGCACGAUCACAUUUGCGCAGUAACUGCGCUGGCACGUUCCUGGUAAUAAUCAUGUGGGGCGCUUUAGUUUCCGUCUGAACUACUGCCGCACAGCCGCUGGAAUGAGCCGGUGGGGAAACAUAACCGGCCCCGGACACAUUGUAACGGCGUGCGAGAUGCAGCGUAACAAAAUGCGGCGCGCGUCGGUACAACGCGAAGCGCAGCCGCAGUGCCCGAGAGGCCGUGACGUGCGAACGAGGAGGGGGGUUAGCACGCGCCGCGUCAGCUGACCCGCAGCAUCGCCGCCUGUCAUCCCGCAAACACAACACAACACAACACAGCACAGCACAGCGCAGCACAACAGCAGGAGGCGACGCGCCGCGCCGCGCGGGGCUGGAAUGCGACCCGACGCACGACUGCACCCCCAAUGGCGGCUGAAGUUCACCCCAAACCGCAGGCGCGCAAACCCGUGCUGCUCAGCAAGAUCGAGGCGUCCCAGGACGUGGUGAACACGGCGGUGAUCAUCCCCAAGGAGGACGGGGUCAUCAGCGUCUCUGAGGACAGAACCGUGCGGAUAUGGCUGAAGAGGGACAGCGGCCAGUACUGGCCAAGCGUCUACCACACCAUGCCAGCUCCUUGCUCCUGCAUGUACUUCAACCCCGAGACGAGGAGGCUCUCGGUGGGCAUGGACAACGGGACCGUCUCGGACUUCAUCUUGUCUGAGGACUACAACAAGAUGACCCCUGCUGCCACGUACCAGGCUCACCAGGGUAGGGUGACGGUGGUCCUCUUUGUCCUCGAGAUGGAGUGGGUCCUCAGCACGGGUCAGGACAAGACCUUCACCUGGCACUGCUCCGAGAGCGGCCAGCGGCUGGGCAGCUACCGGACCACCGCCUGGGUCUCUGGGCUGCAGUUCGACGUGGAGACGCGACACGCCUUCGUGGGUGACCACUCGGGUCAGGUGACCAUUCUGAAAUUGGAGCAGGACGACUGCAGCCUCGUUACGACCUUCAAAGGACACACGGGCAAUGUGACAGCGCUCUGCUGGGACCCUGUCCAGCGUGUCCUGUUUUCCGGAAGCUCAGAUCAUUCCAUCAUCAUGUGGGACAUUGGUGGCCGCAAGGGGACCGCCAUCGAGUUGCAGGGGCACAAUGAGAAAGUACAGGGCCUGUGCUACGCCCCACACACUCGGCAGCUCAUCUCCUGCAGCUCGGACGGAGGCAUCGUCAUCUGGAACAUGGACGUCAGACGGCAGGAGACCCCUGAGUGGCUGGACAGUGAUUCCUGCCAGAAGUGCGAACAGCCCUUCUUUUGGAACUUCAAACAGAUGUGGGACAGCAAGAAGAUCGGCCUAAGACAGCACCACUGCAGGAAGUGUGGCCAGGCCGUGUGUGGGAAGUGCUCGUCGCGACGCUCCACCAUCCCCCUCAUGGGCUUCGAGUUCGAGGUGCGAGUGUGUGACAGCUGCUACGAGUCCAUCACCGACGAAGACCGGGCUCCAACAGCCACCUUCCAUGACAGCAAGCAUGGCAUCGUGUACAUGCACUAUGAACCCACACGUGGCUGGCUGCUUACUUCUGGGGUUGACAAGGUCAUCAAGCUGUGGGACAUGACUCCUGUGGUCUCCUGAACCGUUCUGUUCACAGACCUGCAUGUUCUGGACCACAUCCCAAACUCAAUGUAUCAUCUGGUGGCAUCCUGAAUACAAAAAACCAACAGCUGGAAGAAGAACAACCUUAAAGUCUGAACGUCAGAACAACAUCAGAACAACAUGUCGUCAUGACAUCCACAGACCACGCACAGCUUUUGACCCUUUCAUUCUUUUGUGUCCCAUUUGAACCCCUGUCCUGAAAAGGAUUGGUGCCCAUUUCCUUUCCAGUCUCCAUCCACUGGGGUUGGAGAGUCGUGCUGUUUCCGUUGGCAGGUGAACAGUCCAGGAAAAGCGGGACGGGUCCAGUUUGAUUUUGACCUGGUUGUGCCUUCCUCAUUAGGAAACACCUGAAAGCAGGACAGUCCCAUAAACCUGGACAGCAGUGGUGGUGGAUGUGCUGAAAGAGCCCCAAAAAGCAUCUGGUAAAUCAGAGAGAGACGAGGAGCGGUCCUUCUGGGCCCACCUAGGGCCCCGACCCAAAAGACGGACAUCUUCCCAAAAUCCCCUCUGUGGAAACAUCUGGCACAGCUUGGAACCAACUUCAAGGUAGAAGAUCAGGCUGAGGCACCACAAGGCUGGACCCCUGGACCCCGCUUUGACGUUGUUCUGACGUUGUUCUGACGUUGAAGUGUUGCAGGAACGGAUCUGCAGUCUGGUUCUUCAAGGAAAGGCAUGAUUAACAGAAAAGAGAAAAAAAAAGAACCCACGUCUCGGUGCUUGCACUUUAAAUGUCCUUCGGUCGAUCAUGUGCUCAUGUUUCAUACGGCUUUUUAAAUCCACGCCAUGGAGGUGUUUGGUUUUAAGACUAAUUUCUUGUAACUUAUAAUGGCAUCAGGAUGAUUUUCAGUGACUUCUACAGCUGUAUUCCGCAUCAAUGUGCAUUUCUUCAUCAGGGAGUUUUUUUUUGCAACUUACUGUAGCUGUAAUAUAGCCAAGGCAUCCUAAAGGAAAUGGUUAGGAGGCCUGAUUGCAUUUCUCACUUAAAAACAGGACUGGCAAAUGUGGUGAACUUUCUGGGUUUAUGUCACCAUGGUUCGAACGAGGUAGUGAAAUAAGUGCUACGUUGCUGGACGGAUUCACAACAAAUCGAUGCUGUGAAUUCUGAGAAUGGAGACGCUUAAGGAGCUUAAAAAAAGUCCAAAAAACGGUUCAAGAUGCACAACUGUGAGUUUUUAACCUUGUGAUGUUACACCGUUUUACACUGUUUCUCAGCCGAGUUCAGUUCCCAGCAUGAUUUGUAUGCACACGGCAAAUUGCAUGCUCUCAGUUGCACAGUGAUUUACACUUUAGAUAGGGUACAAUGGCAUUGGAACUUCCCCUUCUGUUUGGUGGUAGCUUUUUGUAUUUAUUUGUGAUGGGAUCGACGGUGUUUUUUUUUUUUUAGCGUGUCAGAGGGAUAGAUGCGUGUCGGCACCUCGUGGGUAGUUAGUUGGAUGUCGCGUCGCUUGUGUGUAUCGUGUACUCCGGCACGUU